CGGCCUUGCCUGGUGCGUGUGGCUGGGGAGGCCGCGUCCUGGGCUGUGAGCACUGCCCUGUCCCUGUCCCUGCAUGUCGCAAUCCCCGCCCCAAUAAGCGUGGCUAUAAAGGGGCCGCGGGGGCUGCAGCUGCAGCAGCUGGACAGGGCCCGUGCCGUCGGCGAGCGGGGCUAUCCCAGCGCUGCCACCAUGCCCCGGGCUCUGCCUUUCCUCUUCCUCCUCCUCCUCGGGUGCAGCCCCCUCUGCGCUGUCCCCCCGGGGCUGGGGGACAAUGCCGGGGUGCUGCUGCCGGAGCACGGGUCCUUGUGCCAGGCCCUGCGCCCCGAUGCCCUGCCUGGUUUCUCCCGGCUGCCGCCGUCGCCCCGCACCCUGGCCCGCGCCGCCCUGGCCCUGGCGCUGAGCAGGGCCGCCUGCGCACCCCAGGCUGAGGAGGAGGUGCUGAGGCUGACCCGGGAGCUGGGCACCCCCGCGGCCACCGCGCUUCUGCGGGGGCUGGCGCAGCUGCGGGACGCCCCGGCCCCCAAGGCUCUGUCCCUCCUCCUCCUCCUCAGCCUGGGGCGACCGGGGGGCUCUGCCCCGGAAUGGCCCUGCCUGGCACCCACCCAGCCCCAGAGCCCCGUGGCCGGCACCCACCCUACCCCACCCGGGGUGCCGGCAGCGGGGGGCCGGGUGCUCCCGGCAGCCAGAGCCCAUCCAUGGCUGCCUGCGUGCCGCCGCGCCACCCGGCACCGGCGGGAGGAUGAGGAUGCCUGCAACCCGCCGGGGGAGCGGAAAGCCCACGGGGUGCUGGAGUGGGUGCCGGGCGUCAGCACCUUCUACAACCUGGGCACCAGCAUCUACUACGCCUUCCAGGGCUGUGAGGCGCUGGCCUCCACCCGAGCUCUGGAGGUGGCCGAGGACCUGGGCUACGCUGGGCUGGCCGCCCUUGCCGCUGCUGCCGGCGGCCCUGUGGCCCUGGGGCUGCAGCUGGGGCUGCAGCCAGGGCUCAAGGCUGGGGUGCGGGCGCUCAUCACCUACUUCACCUCAGACGGGGACCCCCCGCCAGCCCCCACCACCCACAGUGGCCCCGUCCUCAUUGUCUGAAUAAAGGUCCUGUGCGGCGGCUGGCUCCGUG